AUGGAGCAAAUAUUUCCCGACCUGAGUGCCUUGGUAGAGCGGGGGGUUUUGCAGAAGGAAGGCGGGGUCACCCAGCUGACCUCAGCCAGCUGGCAAAUAUCACGCUUUCACAACGCCAUUAAAGAUUGGUUCCACUAUAAGGGCCGUACCUUUGAAGCGAGCCUAUACGAUCGAUUCCAAAGAGCACAUGCUAAGUGGGAGCGGAAAGCCAGCACAGUGGAGAUCAACCACCAACUCGAGGCUCAUGAGGGUAGUUCUCAGGAUUGUGAAAAGUGUGGAGAAGCAUCGGAUGAACCGCAGAGAAAAGACUACUUUCCUGAAGAGCCUCGUAGUAGCCAACUGAGUGAAGUUCUGGGCUCCGUGAUUGGCGUGGGACACUUGGAUGGAGUAGAUGGAGAUUUGAUUGCUCGACGUGGUAAGAAGAUUCGGCGCAGGUAG